AUGACGCCUCCUAAACCGCCCAUCGAUGAGCACUCCGCUCCGGACCUGGAGAUCGUUGGAAGCCAACUCACCAUCCAUCCUUCUGGCUUUACGGGAGGACCUGGAGCAUUAGAUGACCAAAUUACCGAACGAAACCUCGUGCGCCACAUGGCGCGCUUCCGCGAAAACCCUUUCGAGUUCCUCCGAGAAGUGAGCCUAUACAUGUCCGGGACAGGAUGGCGCGCGUACGAUGAGCCUAUUGGCCAACCUGUAUUUUAUUCGGGCUUCUCCGACCGAAUGAAAUCCUCCAUCCUUUCGAGUGGCAUGCUGCAGGACAAAAUUCGAGAAUUGGCGUCUACUCGAUUGAAAGUAGAAGAGAAAGAGGGGCUGAUCCCGAUUGUAGAUGGUCGUACUCUGGAUGAGAAGCGAGCUCGUCGCCGACAUGAUAUUGAGACCAGUCUUCGAGAGGUUGUGGAUAAGAUGAUGGACGAUAUGAUUUGUAAGAUGGAAAGCAAGACGUUUAUUCGGGGCGCAUACUACUUGUGCACACAGCUUCUUACGCGAGCCUACCACCAGGGCAUUCACGUGUCCAGCGAAGAGGUCUUACGCUUGAGGUCGGUUGCCGAGACCGCUGCCAAGAAGAAGCAAUCGAUUGUUUUCUUGCCCUGUCAUAAGUCUCAUGUGGACUAUGUCUCUUUACAGCUGAUUUGCUACCGACUUGGAAUCGGCCUUCCAGUGGUUGUUGCGGGUGACAAUCUGAACAUUCCGCUUUUGGGACCUUUCUUGCAGCAUGCAGGUGCAAUGUGGAUUCGACGCAGUUUUGGGAAUGAUCCUCUAUAUCACACUGUUGUACAGGCAUAUAUCGAUACACUCCUGAAAGAGGGUUUCAACUUCGAAUGUUUCAUCGAGGGUGGUCGUUCUCGGACAGGAAAGCUGCUUUCUCCUAAGUUCGGAAUUCUCAGCUUUAUUGUCGACAGUGUGUUAUCUGGCCGGGUGGAAGACACAAUUAUUUGUCCGGUCAGCACGCAGUAUGACAAGGUCAUCGAGACUGAGUCAUACAUCAGUGAAUUAUUGGGACAACCCAAACAGAAAGAGAACUUGGCUGAUCUCCUUUCGUCAUCCUCGGUCCUAUCUCUUAAGCUGGGACGAGUGGACGUUCGCUUCCACGAACCGUGGAGUUUGCGUGAGUUCUUAGGCCAGCAAAUUACACGACUCAAUAUGUCAGAUCUGGGUUCCAAUAUGAAGCUGGCCCACGAUGAGCGUGGACGAAUUCUUCGAACCCUAGGCUACCGCGUGUUGUCUGAAAUUAAUGACGUUUCCGUGAUGAUGCCAACUGCGCUCGUCGGAACUGUGUUGUUGACUCUUCGUGGCCGCGGUGUCGGCAAAGGCGAGCUGGUACGACGAUUAAACUGGCUCAGUGAGCGUGUAAGGGCGAAAGGCGGUCGAGUCGCUCAUUUCUAUCGCUCCCCAACUGAGAUGGUUGUCGAUCGAGCUCUUGAUGUCUUGGGUCCCAAGCUAGUUGGGGAAAUUCCAGGCUUGGCUGAGCCAACCUAUUAUGCCGUGGAUCGCUUCCAGCUGUCCUUUUACCGCAAUAUGCUCAUCCAUCUUUUCAUCACCGAGGCCCUGGUCUCAGUUGCCAUGUACACAAAGAUUAAGCAAGGUGGCGGGCCUACCAACCAGCGGAUCGGCUACGAGGCUUUGAGGUCCCAGGUGUCAUUCCUCUCCCAGCUCUUCCGUGGCGAGUUUAUCUUCCCGCCAGAAGGUCUGGCAACAAAUCUAGAGAAUACCUUGAAGUGCUUAGAGACCGAUGAUGUCAUUCAGAUCACUCGCGAUAGCUCUGGAACACCGCAAUAUGUUGAGCUGAGUGAAGCUGAGCGCAUGUGUGGCCGUGAGAACUAUGAUUUCUAUUGCUUCCUGAUUUGGCCCUUCAUCGAGGCAUCGUGGCUUGGCGCUGUAUCUCUGCUUGGCCUCACGCCCCCACUUGACGGCCCUAAAGAGAUUUGGGUUAAUGUGAAAAAGGCGCAGGAUAGCGCACAACUUCUUGGCAAAACGUUAUACCACCAAGGAGAUCUCUCUUACUUCGAGGCUGUCAACAAGGAGACACUCAAAAACUCCUACCAGCGAUUUGAAGAAGAAGGCAUCAUCCUCGUUGCCAAAGUUAAGGAUUCAAAGGCUGGUCCAACCCUCAGACUUGCACCAGAGUGGACACCAGAACGAGAUCCUCACACAGGCCAAGUCCUGCCUUGUGGCCGGUUAUGGGACUUUACUGAACUUAUCGCGCAGUCUCGUCGUGAAGGCAAAAAUCGUCGCGAUGGUGCCACUGUUUCAUCACGGGUCUUGAAGAUGUCUGAUCUUGUUGGCCGACAGCUUUUCCAGAACGCAGCAGCGCCCGCACCAACCGAUAUUUCCUCGAAGCAAAUGCGCCGAAAGGCUAUCGGCGCGGACUCCAAGCUCUAG